UUCGUGUGAAGCUAGGGCGUUAAUGCGUUCGUCGUUGAAAAAAAAUACACGGAAAAGUAAAAGGACGGAGUCUUGCCACGCCCCUCUUCCGCCUCUACUUCCGCUUCCGAGGAGUCGAGGGCUCGCAUUUCCGGGAGCGCGCCGCGUGGCUUGUGUUGCUGCGGGUCUCAACAUGGUGGGGACUCCGUUCGUCGUCCCACCCGGGCCGAUUCUUUCUCUGAACCCGCAGGAAGACGUCCAGUUUCAGAAGGAGGUGCAGCAGGUCCGCCAUCGCGUAACCCAGCAAAAAAAGCAAGAAAAACUUACUCCUGGAGUAAUUUUUGUGGGCCAUCUGCCUCCAGCACUUUAUGAAACCCAAAUCAAAGCAUAUUUCUCCCAGUUUGGCACUAUUACAAGAUUUAGACUAUCCAGAAGUAAAAAGACUGGAAAUAGCAGAGGCUAUGCCUUUGUGGAGUUUAAGUCUGAAGAUGUUGCCAAGAUAGUUGCUGAAACAAUGAAUAACUACCUUUUUGGUGAAAGACUCUUGGUGUGUCGUUUUAUGCCACCAGAAAAAGUACACAAAGAACUUUUUAAAGAGUGGAAUACUCCAUUUCGUCAGCCAUCGUAUCCAGCCGUGAAGCGGUAUAAUCGGAAGCGGACAUUUUUUCAAAAACUGCAAAUGGAAGAGCGAUUUAAAAAGAAAGAAAAAUUGCUCAGGAAAAAAUUAGCAGCAAAAGGAAUUAAUUAUGAUUUUCCUUCAUUGGUUUUAUCAUCCAGUAAGACCAAAGAUCCUUCAGAUAAACCUACAAAGAAGAAAAAGUCUUCAGGCAUACCAAAGAAGAAGAAGAAGCGGGUUUCUAAAGGCACUGCUGCCACUCCUGACGGGUCUAUAGAUAGCCAGGGCCCCACACCAGUUUGUACACCAACAUUUUUAGAGAAACGAAAAUCUGAAGUGGCGGGAAUGGAUGAUGAUGAAGAUGAUGAAAUAGUUUUCAAGCUGCCCGUUUAUGAUGCAGAAGGAGCAGUAGAGACUCCAACACUUAAACAGUCAGGGAAGAAAAGACGAAGACAAGAACCAAGCAGUGAUUCUGAACGUAUUAUAUGAAUAUAUAUCUUCUGACAAAAUGUGAUGGUUUUCUUACAGUGGCUGACUAUAUUAUACAAGGUACAAUGAAAUGUAACCAUCAAUAGACUCAAAAGAGAAAACAUGCUAUUUGGAAAGCAAUCAGUACUUUGGCCUUUUUGCCUCUGUUGAAGUACGGGGGUACAUCAGAGCUUGCAGUGGUUGGGCUCACACUGCCUUUGCCCUGGUUCAGUUUUCCUUUCCCCUCUUUAUUUUGCCUGUGUUAAAGGGUCACUGUUAACUGUACAUUUAACAACUAAUCUGAAGCUAUUUUUAUCGCCACCAAAUAAAGACAGUCAAUCCUGCUUAUCAUCUGUGGGGUUCUUGUGCACAUUUAAGCCAUCAGAGUAUUUUAGAUUUCAGCAUCAGGUGGCUGAAAUGAAGAUUAUAUGGAGAGUGAAAAUGUAGUUCAGAUGUUCAUACAGAUUCACAAGUACUCGUUUUUUACCAGUAAUGUUAGUUUUGGGUGGGCCAGCAUGAAUUGAUAACUACAAUUUUGAAUCAGUAUCAAACAUGAAAUUGUGUCCAGGAUACAAACCAUGAACAGCAAAUAAAAUUUUUCUACACAUUAUUUCUAAACAAGACUUAAGGAGCUUGGAGGGGGCAAAUUUCUGUGUUCUUGCUUCCCUUUUAAGUUUGUACCCUUGAAAUGUGCUGUUGUGUUAAUUAAUCCAAAUUCAUUAAAAUCUAUCCUUCCCUACCAUUU